AUGGCUUCCUUCGGCAAUCGGCGCCGAGGCGGGCCGGCUGAUGGACUCACCGUGCCCAGAGGAUGGCCCGCCGGGGCCCAGUUCAUCGCCCGCUCGCGUUGGAGCCCAAGCGUCCCCGGGUUCCUCAAGACCGGCUGGCCAUUCUGCUACUCAGCAUCUGUCGACGGCCAAAGUGAUCCGCCCGGAUUCGAUGCCAAAGAAGAAGGCGAGCUCAUCAAGUACGCCGGCGAGGACAUGGAUGGGCCCCAUCCCAGAGUCGAGAUCCGCAAGAUCGACGACGCUGGCCAUCCAAUCCAUGCGCAGAACGGAUAUGGACUGUUUGCGGCCCACGAUCUGCCGCCACACAGCUUCGUGAUGGACUAUGUCGGAGAACUCUACGUCGAGGAAGACGACGACAGCGACAACGACGGCGGUGCAGCAGCCCGACCACACUCGGACUACGAUCUGCAUCUGUUUGGAAUGUACUCGAUCGACGCCAAGGACGCCGGCAACGAGGCCCGAUUCAUCAACGACUUUCGCGGGAUCGCGUGCCGGCCCAAUGUAUGUUUCGACGCCUAUCGCGACACUGCCUCGGGCAACCUGCGGAUGGGCUGCUGGGUGCUUGGCGAACCGGUGCGGGCCGGAGAUGAGCUUGUGGUGUCCUAUGGAAGUCCAUGGUGGCGGUCGCGGGGCAUGGCGGUGGCGGGGCACGGGUGGGACCCGGACUGGGACUGA